AUGGGGUGGAUCAUAAAGAACGAGACAGGUGGAGUGCUCUGUCGGGGAUCUGCUAAUCGACCUUUUGUCUGCUCGGCCUUAAUGGCGGAAGCUCUGGCCAUUCGUGAAGCCCUCUCAAAAGCAAAAGACCUCAACCUUCGAAGUCUACAACUAUUCUCGGACUCGCAAGUCCUCGUAUCUGCUCUGUGUUCAGAGCUGGAAGUGAAUGAGAUUGCAGGUGUCUUACAUGACAUUAGGAACCUUGCCACUCUCUUCUGUCCUUUAUCUUUUCGUUUUAUCCCUCGACUUGAAAAUCGUCAAGCUGAUGCUUUGGCUAGUUCAGGUGUUGAAUGCUUUAAUGUUGUUAAUGUUGUGUAA